UUUUGCUGUGGUCGCGGGGGCUCACUUCUUAUGAGCAUCACUCUCCUCGUGGAAGCCAAGAGAUUCGUUCUAAUAAUCCAAACAUCGACGAGGCGGAAGCGCGUGACAUUUGAUUCCUCCCUCUAGCCAGACACUGUCGCCGCGAGAAGGAGUUUUUUUCCACCACGUUAGAUGUGCAUUGGCGGGUAAUUGUGGAGGAGUGUUCUGUGCAUGUGAUGCAAAUUUUCGUUGGAGUCGCCAGCUUCGCAGUGCGAGCUUUACAUUUGCAUGAUCAUCGGAAUUGCUUCUUUAAGAUUCUUCAGCAGGGCUAUGCAGUAAGAGCUCUUGGAGUUCAAGGAAAGCGGGGGAGCAUCACUGGUAGUGUCCUAUUGGAGGAAGAGACUUCGGUCACAGUUGAAGCCCUGCAGAUUUUGAAGAAUUGGAGGACAAAACGCGCCGUAUUUGAAAUGUCUACAGAAGAGAAUGUUGGGAUUUUGAGUUAUGCGAAUUCUCUCCCAGGUUUUCGAGGUAUUCUGAAGCAGAGAUUUUCAGAUUUUAUUGUAAACGAGGUUGAUCUUGAAGGCAAUGUCAUUCAUCUCUCGGAUCUUGAGGCUCCUUUAGAGGAAAGGGCAAAAGUUGUUAAAGUUUCUGAGGAAGGUGUAGCAGACGAUGAAGAGGAGGUCAACGGGGAAAAGCAGCCAAAACCCUUGAGUGAUGAUUAUGCUGCAGAUGUUCUGGCCUUUAAAGAGAUCGCUGGGGAGAGCAAUGCAAAAGUGCUGGAAGGCCUUCUUGUUCAAAUUGCAAAUUCCAACGAUCCUGUUCCGCCAGUCCUACUUGCACCUGAUGAUGACAAAAACCACCGAGGGAUGAUUCAUACUUUCUUCAAGAGCCGUUUAACCUUUAUUACAUCUGACACCGUCGAUGGGGCUUCCGCAACGGACAAGUGCAUUCGUCUUCGACAUCAACCUCGUAACCAAGGUGGGGGAAACCGAUUUCAGAAACGGGGUAGGGAGCACGGUGGUCGGGGUCGCGGUUGGGGCAGGGACAGCAAACGCCAGAAGGCAACCGAAGGUGGCCUUGAGCAACCGUACGAUGCGCGGGAUUCAGAUGGUUGGCCAAGCGAGCGCCCUAAAUUUUUGCGGUUUCACCUCUACAAGGAAAACAAGGACACUCAAGAUUCUUUGACUGUUAUCGGCAGAAUGCUCCAUGUUCAGCCGAAGAACUUUGGAUUCGCUGGGACAAAGGACAAAAGAGCCAUUACAACACAGCAGGUAACCGUAUUCAAGCAAUCAGCAGCAAAAAUGGCAGCUUUGAAUCAGCGAUUGUUUGGUAUGAGAGUUGGAAACUUCAGUUAUGUGGAUAAAGCAUUGGUUCUGGGAAUGUUGUCCGGAAAUCGAUUCACUAUUACUUUGAGAGGUGUCGUGGCAGAAACUGACAAGUCAAUCGAGAACGCUGUAAAAGGUCUUGGAGAGAGUGGCUUCAUCAAUUACUUCGGUCUACAACGAUUUGGAAGUGGGUCCAUAGCGACACACAAUGUCGGAGCCGCCUUAAUAAGAGGAGAGUGGAAAGCAGCGGCGGAGUUGAUAUUAGAUCCGCGGGAAGAAGAUCAACCAGAAGUUAAAGAAGCACGAGAAUAUUUCAAGAAGACUGGAAAUGUCGAUGGGGCCUUGCAUAAGUUUCCCCGUUACUUGACUGCUGAACGGGCAAUUCUAGGAAGUCUCAAGCGUGAUUCCAAAAACUACCUGCAAGCAAUCUGCUCUAUUCCCAGAACAUUGCGGCUGAUGUACGUGCACAGCUACCAAAGCUUUCUUUGGAAUCAUGCAGCGAGUUAUCGCGCCAAAACUUAUGGGGUUGACAAGGUCGUUGAGGGAGAUCUUGUGUAUGACAAGGAUUUACAGGGCACUGAUGAAGCACCGGAAUCAAAGAUUGUUGAAUCCUCUUUUAACGAUUCGGAAGUACGAGCCCCUGAAGUGUUACUUGAUGAUGUGGUAGAGGCUGAUGUUCCUGCUGAAGCCAGCAACAAAAUCAAGUGCUUGACAAAAGAAGACGUUGCGUCAGGAAAGUACAAUAUUUCAGAUGUGCUACUUCCUUUACCAGGGGGUUCUUCUAUAUUCCCAGCUAACGGCACUGCCGAUGUGUACCAUGAUUUGGCGAGCAAGGAUUCCGUGGACCUUCAGAAGUCUACCCACAACGUGAAGGAGUUUGCGUUACCUCUUCUGCCUGGAGCGUACAGACUGUUUCUUCAGAAACCAGUGAACUUGGAGUGGAAAAUACUGAAGUAUAGUGAUCCAACAAAAACUUUAGCUGAGACUGAUCUGGACAGAAUUCAGAAAGUUUCUGAAGAAUCCACAGAGGAUUCUAAAAAUAAAGUAGAGAAUGAGCAGACAGCUUUUCAAUUGAGUUUCACGCUACCUGCAUCAUGUUACGCAACGAUGGCUCUCAGGGAGCUUAUGAAGAUAUCCACGUCGGUUGCCUUUCACAAGUCUCUCAACGAUGAACCAGUAGUGACUGCAAAAGCCACGUCCGCAUAAAUUGGAAAUUAUACGAAACCAUUUUUAAGGUUCCAAUGCUGGGCGUGCAUUUCGGUAUUCAUUCCAAAUUUUUCUCAAUUAGAUUGUAUUUACCAUAUUUAUUAAUAUGGUUUAAAUCGAGACAACAGAUGGUAGGAACUAUUCAAUGCAGGAAUGGAGUUAUUGAGUGCUGAUGGGGUCUACGGCCCAGGGAUUUUUGAGAGAUCAGACAUUGGUUUCCCAUCAGAACAAGGCAUUGAUGUAGGGGCUCCAAGAACUGUGCAUCAUGAGACUUCUUAUGGGGUCAAUUUGGCCAUUUCAUGCAAUUGAGUAGUUCUCUUCAUAAAAUUUUAUUUUGGA